GUUACUAACGGCUGUCAGUGAGUCUCCGGCUUUCCGGACUGACAAGGUGAAGAGCGACUCCGACUCAAGCAAUAUGUCUGAGAAACGACAUCCCGACCACGUCGCGACUCAGCGGCUCCCCGAGUCCUUCAGGGAUAACUCCAAGGCAGAACUGGGACCUUGUGGAUGGAUUUUAGUGGCUUUCUCCUUAUUGUUCGUAAUUAUUACCUUCCCAAUAUCAAUAUGGAUUUGCAUAAAGAUUGUAAAGGAGUAUGAAAGAGUCAUCAUCUUCAGACUGGGUCGCAUUUUGCAAGGAGGCGCCAGAGGGCCUGGUCUGUUUUUCAUCCUGCCGUGCACUGACAGCUUCAUCAAGGUGGACAUGAGAACCAUCUCCUUCGAUAUCCCUCCUCAGGAGGUCCUCACUAAGGAUUCAGUGACAAUCAGUGUGGAUGGCGUCGUCUAUUACCGUGUGCAGAAUGCCACCCUGGCUGUGGCAAAUAUCACCAAUGCAGAUUCGGCAACCCGUCUUUUGGCACAAACCACGCUGAGGAAUGCCCUGGGAACCAAGAACCUGUCUCAGAUCCUGUCUGACAGGGAGGAGAUCGCACACCACAUGCAGAGCACGCUGGAUGAUGCCACGGAUGACUGGGGAAUAAAGGUAGAGCGUGUGGAGAUUAAGGAUGUGAAACUCCCCAUCCAGCUCCAGAGAGCCAUGGCUGCAGAGGCAGAAGCCGCCCGGGAGGCAAGAGCCAAGGUGAUUGCAGCUGAGGGAGAAAUGAACGCGUCCAGAGCUCUGAAGGAAGCUUCCAUAGUUAUCACCGAGUCUCCCGCCGCCCUUCAGCUCCGGUAUCUUCAAACGCUGACCACUAUUGCUGCUGAGAAAAACUCCACUAUUGUCUUCCCUCUGCCCAUCGACAUGUUGCAGGGCCUUCUGAGUGCUAAACACUGAGCUGGACAGGUCUGUGUAGAGCUGUGCUGACCCUUCCCAGGGUAGAGUGGGGACCAAAUUAGCCUUUCACUUGCAAGGAGAGUAGAAAGAAGCUUGACUGUCCCGCCCCCCCCCAUUUCUGUAUGUAGUUUGAGGGGCUCCUUGAAGGGACAGGAGUCCUAAGAGUAGCUGAGAGACUCACCUUGGAGCCAGGAGUGGAGCUCAGUAGUAGGGAACUUGCUUAGCAUGCCCAAGGCUCUGGGUUCCAUCCUCAGCACCAAAACAAAACAAAAUCACUGGCUUGUAAAUACUGAGAGGGCGAUGGGUGAUUUAUGUACGAUAAUCUUAGUCUUUAUCCGAGUCUUUUCUUUAUUCUGUGGUAGGCUGAAGCCCUCUUCUAACUUCCUUUAAGUCAUUCCCGGCCCUAUGUGAGCAGUCAAGCCAGGGCAAGGGACACAGCCUAGACAUGCUGCCCGACCCCACUGGGUAAAUGCUCUGCAGACUGAAGACUUGUGUCACCCCCUCUGGGCUACCCGUGCCUUCCCUUCAGGGAAUCUUAAAGGAAGGACAUUUCCCCAGUGUCCAUCCACCCAAUCUAAGCCCAAACUGUGUUCUAAAAUAAUCCUCUCCUCCUCCAUGAGCCUGUCAGAGAAAAUGGUCAGAGUCAACGGCAAGGCUCCGCUGGCCCUCCCAGACCGUCCUUCCCCACUGUGGUGGUCCUUUGGAAAAAGGACCUUUGGAAAAGCCGUGCUCCCCACGACUUGAUGACCCCUUUCUGUGUUGCCGUUAAAAGCAGCUAAUCUUGUCACAGAAGUGCUUUUUUCUCACGUUUGCCUAUUUCAAUGUAUCACGUUUUUAAAUCACUUUGGUUUUUAAAAAUAACUUUCUAAGUUCUAUAAAUAAUUGCUGUAUGCCCAUUUGAAUAGCUUAAGUACAGAAGUACUUUUUAAAAAAUUCUUAAGAAAACCAUUAUAUUUUGCUCUCUGCAUAUUAUCAACUAUUAUAUACUGUGAAAUAUUGUGAUUACUAAUCCUAUUUAAGUAGUUUAAGGAAUUGCUAACACAUGGGGUGUGUGAUUUCUGAUCUCACGCAGACACCCAUGCUGAGCUCACAGUUUUUUGUUUUGUUUUCAUACAAAACGUUGAUACCAAUAGAGGAGUGGUCGGUCCCUCUGGACCACAGUUUCUUACUGUUAUAUCCUUCCCUUGGCCUGGAAAGCUUGGUGGUGACUUUUGUGACAUCUUUGAGGCUUUGAGGAUUCACCUAGAGAAGCCAGAAAGAAUGUUCCCUGAGUGGAGAGCAGCACAGUUCACAUCCACCACUAGCUGUGCGGUGGAGCCUCCCCUCCCUCACCCCGUUGGGUUUCUAGAGGUGUAUAGAGCAUUCCCGCCCAGGACUCAAGUUACAUUUACAUUUUGAAUUUAAAAUGAUGGGCUUAUCUGUUUGGAGAAGCAACUUGCCUUCCACUGAGGACCUGGAAAACCCAUGUCCUGGUGGAAACACCUUCUCAGAGCUGGCAAAUGAUACACUUGUCCUCUAAUUUCUCUCUCCGGACACCAGCUGGCCUUUGCUUCUGUGCCUUGUGAAUUAGCAAUCCAGUAGGCUGUAGUUGGCUGAGGGGGGAGAAAAUCGAGCUAGGGAAGGGUUGUUGGUGUGUGGUUUUCACGAGUCCCCCCUCAGCCAUGUCAAAUAAAGUAUGUGCCCUGUGA